GACUGAGCCUUCCGUCAUUGAAGCGUAAUUAGUAUUGAAGAUAUCGUAACCCGCUUGUCUAACGAGUGAUCUUUGGAUCAAAUUGACGCGAUGAAAUUCUCUGUGUAUCUCAUUUGUUCAGUGUUCCUGUGUCACUUGCAAGAAGUUGAAGCGCUCAAAAGAGUUGCAUCUGCUGUGUACAUCGUACUGGUAGUUCUUUUCCUUCUGAUCCUUCUUGGAGGGAUUUUCCUGUUAGUAAAAUACAGCAUGGACUGCAACUCUAAAAGGCGGCGUACGCGUGACUCUAGCGUGACAACUAACGUUUGUGACACACAGCAGCCUUCCGAAGCCGGUCUUCAACAUCAGGAUUACUAUCCAGAAUUCCUACAUUCAAUCUACCCACCACCGUUAGAAAGUCUGCACUUCGCAAUUCCUCAGCCGAUGAUGGUGCCAAGGACGGAGAUUUUAGUGGGAGAGCCUCCCCCACCUUACCCUGGCAUGUAGAAGAGACCUUUUCAUUUUAAAUCGUUUUUUAAUGAAGCAGGAAGUGGUUAUACCUCGCAAUGACUGUUAGCAACCAGCUCUGAGAAGUGAUCAUCCAGCGGGUUGUAAUUAAUUGAUUUAGUCUAGAAAAACAACAUUAAUUUUAUGACGACGGAUUCCAAAGUUGUA